AUGUCGGGUACAACAGCUGCAACCCCAGCAUUCAAAGAACAGCUGAAUCCGUUCAAGGACCUGCUGAAACAGCGAGGUUAUGCAUUGGACAAUGCAGCUGAAAAUACAGACGACACUACUCUACUCCGAUUUCUAACUGCACAAAAGUUCAAUCUCACUCUCGCCUUGCAGCAGUUCGACCAUGUCCAAACAUGGCGCAAGGAGCACGACAUUCCAUCCUUCUACCGCAACGUGGACGUUGGCUAUUACGAAGCAAGCAGAAAAAUGUAUCCCCAAUGGACAGGCCGAAGAGACAAAGACGGAGACGCCAUCUACGUCUUCCCAGUUCGCCAUCUAACCAAGAAGAAACUGGACGCUUAUCUCAAAACAAUCUCGUCCUGUCCAUCAUCAAACACUCACCGCGCCUCCACGCUGUCCCCAGAAGACCUCCACUUCCACGCCCUCUAUGAAAACCUGCUGCACUUUGUCUUCCCCCUUGCCACGGAGCUGCCGAGGCCCGACAUGUCCAGAGCCGUGAGCGCCUCCACGCAUAUCGUCGAUGUCAGCGGGGUCAGCCUUCGCCAGUUCUGGAGUAUCCGCAAGUAUCUCCAGCAGGCCAGCGCCACUGCCACGACCCAUUACCCAGAGACCAUGGGCAAGGUGUUUGUCGUCGGCGCCCCCGCUUUCUUUAAAUCCAUCUGGGACGUGAUCAGUCAGUGGUUCGACCCCGUCACCCGGUCGAAGAUCUUCCUCCUGUCAGGAUCCGAAGCAAGGGAUGUCUUGCGCAGGCAUAUUGACCCGGCGAGCCUACCCAUUGAGUACGGCGGGGAUCUGGAAUGGGCGUGGCAGGACCUGCCGAAUCUAGACUGUCAUGCUAGACGGCUCGUUGACAAUCUCUAUGAGAAAACAGACCAGGGAGAGAUUUUUGCCCAGGGUCCUGUCGUUUUUAAGGAUGGCUGUAUUAAGCUGCUGGGUACGGUCAAUGGGAAGCCGAGGAGGAAUGACUAUUGUCCGCGGUGA